AACGAAUACAAAUCUGCUGUGAAUCUCUCCGAUAUAAUAAGGCUGUCUACUCCCCCUCAUUGUACACUCGAUACGGAGCUGCCCGCCCUUCUUCCUGCUAAUGGAAGGAAGUUUCAAUUUACUACGGAAUAUUGGAUAGAGGAUUGCCUUGCAUCAGUUUGGAGCAUGCCGUGACGGAGAAAUUCAAGUUGUUCGCAAACAAAGUGUGGAUUAAGGAUCUCCCACGCAUGGAGAAAUGAUAGCAUAUAGCCAGGCGCAAAACGGACCGCCGUGCGUACGGAUUUGUUUACCAAGUGAAGGGUCUGCUUACCUGUAAACGGAAGUAAAGAGCUAGAGGAGAGUCGGUGGUUGGGAUCGUGAAGCCAAUAUCGCAGCUCUUGAGCACUGAAAAGAGGUGGUCGCGCAGAUCGUCAUAACCUAGCAGCUAAGAAGGCAGUGUUUCAAUUCUGCUAGCAGGGAUUACCGAAGGUGACGGCAGAAAGGUAAAUGUAUACAAACAAACCGACAUUUAGGACGAUUUACAAACAACAAAAAUGGGCGGUUUUAUCCUACAAGCUAUCCUACGGUUUUAACCUACAAACUGUUUUGUUGAUUGCCCCUUUUUGAUUGUAAUAUGAAAGAAGCUGGUGUGAUUAACCGGAGCAUUUUGAGAGCUUUUAAAACCACAAAUAAUUUUAUUAUACACACGUUUUUUUAUAUUUUUCCCAUAGUGAUAGAUCAACAGAAUUACUGCCCCUGGGACGAACACAAAAAUGUUUCAUGAAAAAUAUUUACUGCUUGCCAAAUCAUUUUGGUCGAAGCUCGGCUUUAGCGCCGAUUUCAUAGUGUUACUUCUUUUUCGAUGUUCCUUAAUGAAAAUACAACAUAUUAAUUACAUUAUUUCAUUUCUGUUAGAAAAGGGGUGUGCGCCAACAUGCUUUUCAUUCAAAAUGCUUUACUAAGAAAUCUUAAAUUUUAAAAAUAAAAUAUGGACUGACACAUCAAAGCGAUUUUUUCUUAAUUUGAAAGCAUUGUUCUCAAUCUUUAUUUACCUUUAAUUGAGAUUCGUAGCCUGGUCCAGGACUUUGUAAGACCGUUUUAUAACCACAUACAUGUGUUAAUCCUACAGUAAGCUAAAAUAAAAAGGGACAAUCUUACCCUUCCAACUAAAUAACAUACACCAAGAAGGACUUGAAAAUCCUGCGGGUUUAAGACGGGAGCGAAUAUAAGCAGCAUUUAAUAAUAUAUCACAAUUAACAGCAAUAGCAUGAACUGCUAAAUACGACAGCGCUUAAUCCUCUUAUAUGCUCAGCCCGGGAUAAAUACUGACUUUUAAUAAGCUAAACAUAAGCUCGUGGAGCGUAUGGAUAUCCCCUUUGCACAGUUCGUCUGCUCAAGCAUUGUAAUCAUAGCUGCUUUAACGAGUAUUAAACGCGCUAAAUGAAGAGCUAAAGGACCAGCAACCAAUACGUUAGAAGAAUGUUGCAAAGAGCUCCAUGUAUAUUGCAAUAGCAAGAACUCGACUCUUUCUUUGUUUCCGGAAGAUUUUCAGCAGUCCACAAAGAAGGUACGCAAAGCAUUAUUAAGGAAAAGUAAGAUACAAUCUUUAUAACAUCAAUGAGCAGAAGAUUACUUUUUCACGACUUUCACAUAUUUACAAGUGCACGAAAAGAAAUGAAUGUGGUCUGUCUAGUUUGCGUUUGAAACGUGAUUGUCGCGCGAAAGCAAGGUAAUUCUAUGCUAUUAGCGUAGGUCUUAAGGAAAAACGAGAAUUCAAAUGUCUUAAGUGUAUGAUAAAUAAUAUCCUUAAGCUAUCAAAUUUAAGACCUUUUCCUAUCCCUUUAUCAGUAGGAAACAGAAAGACGCACGUAUUUCCCUCAGAAAAAAGGUUAGCGAUUUUAUAUUUCAAGCAUUGUCAUCGGGUGAUGGGAUUUUCUUGACGCUUACGAUGUCACGACAAUAAAUGAACAGAAAAAUAAACAACGCUCGGACUGUCUCUUUCAUUUUGACCACAAUAACUGAUGUCGAUAAACCUUUGGCGUUGUCGGCGAUAUUAUUUCGACAAUCAUUAGAUAUUAGCUUUGUUUAUUAAUUGAGCCUGAGUCGCCGAAGAAGAUCAGCUCCCUACCAUUCCAGUCUUCAUUUACUUUAAAGAUUUCUCCCGCGCAGCUAAAGCGUCACACUAGAGGUUGGAGGACAACUCGCUCUUACUAAUGAAUAUAACACAAGGUGCCGUCUACCAAAGCGUCCUGUCGCGCGGGCUUGACCCAUUUAACAUCACUAUGAUAGUACUAUACACCAUCGUGGGUGUCUUAGCGUUUGUGGGUAAUGUCUUCGUGCUGCACGUGUUAAGGACACGCCUUUCAGCCCGCCGCAACGUGGGCUUCAUGUUUGCCAACAUGGCGGUGGCCGACCUCCUAACAGCCCUCAUCAUCAUCCCUAAGCAGAUCACACAAGCAGCGAGGAACAACUUGUGGUUCCCGGGAAUGCUGGCAGAUGUAUUGUGCCGCGCGUGCGACUUCACCGUCUUCACUUCGAUCGCCGCGUCCAUUCUCACCCUCACUAUUAUGUCACUGGAUCGGUUCGUGGGCAUCAUGUUGCCCCAACACAAGCAAACCACGCUAUUCCACCGCGCUAGUGUGGUCACGCCCUUCGUGUGGAUCACGUCCACCCUUCUGAUGAGCCCUAUCAUAGUGGUGUCUACCUCACUCCCCAGUAGUCUGUACCCGGAUGACCCCGCCCGCUGUCGGCAGACGUGGAGUGUACUAGGUGACGUAGAUCUCUCCCAACAAGUCUUCUACGCCUUCGUGCUAGUCAUGCUCUACAUAAUCCCACUUGUUGUCAUGACGACUAUUUACUCGUCCAUCUGCUUCAAGCUGUGGAUUCACAGGACCCCGGGAGAGACAAUCCCUGCCGUGACACGGAGAGUAGAGCGAAAGAACAGACGUGUUAUCCGAAUGCUUGUUAUCGUGGUGGUUGUGUUUGCUGCGUGCUGGCUCCCACCGCACGUCAUGCAUAUAUACUCGGCGUUUUACUGGAGGGAGUUCAGCGUCAACAUUACCCGUUAUAAUAUUGACGAUAUCAUGUUCUUUAUUGGUCAGGCUAACAGUGCUAUCAACCCUAUACUAUAUAUCUGGUUGAAUAGCGAGUUCAGAAAAGCGUUUGGUAGAGCGUUUCGCUUUAAAUGGGGUAGGCGUUUUGGGUGUUGUCUCAUGGACUAUAGUGUACAUCGGCAAUCAUCCGACGAGAUAACCUCCAGAAAUAGAGUAGGACUCAAACAAAAGGAUGACGCAAAAGAAACAAUGAUGUAAUGCUUACCUUGAAACAGGCCAUAGACUGAAGCUGACGAUAAGGGAAUACUAUAAAGGGACUAUGAAGAGAAGAUGUCAUAUAAUGCCAACAUUAAGAGAAACAGGCAUGACUGAGUUGAUAGCAGUAUGCUGUAAAGGGCAAAGUAAAAUUUAUAAAGAGGUGAUGUUAAACACCCAGAACGUUUGGAUUCCUGUGCGGAUUGAUGACAUCACGUCUAAGAAAAGACGUGAUCCCUACAAUGAAAUCUGACCAAAACAACGCAUUAUUUUCAAUGUGUACGUUACGCCUAGCCAACAUGGACGAGAACCGGGGUCUUUCGCUUGGCUUUGCUCAUGUAUUCGCCAUUCUCACUUUGAACAGGGGAUUGGGUCGAAUUGAAAAGCGACAAGCUUGCUGCGACGUUUUAAGGGGACACAAUUCUACAUAUGACGUCGAACGAUGCCAUUGUUGAUGUUAUAAAUCUUACUAACGAAGAUUAAAUUUCGGUAGCCGAAUCUACAAAACCUACCAUCUUCUAGCUUCAAUUCAUUGACGUUCGACGCCAUGUUGAAUUGCGUCCCCUAAAAUAGUCCCAGCAUGCUUUUCACCUACCACCUCGACCCAAUCCCCCGCGUAACGUAAGAAUGACGAAAAUAGUAGUCUCUCCUUUUCUGAUUCUUACCUGGCCAAUAUAUUUAUUCUUGAUCACGGACUUUACAAAUUGUAAGAUCACUGUCAGGCGACCUUUUGAGUUACAUUUCAAGUCGUUCGGGUUAUAGCUUGGCGUCAAUUACAAAUUCGAGUCACUCUACGAGUUAUGACAGGUCCGACCACUAUGAAAGUGUUUGUCAAAAUCUACUUGUUAAUGUAUAGUAGAUGAGUUGUUAAACAAUUUAUUUAAUUUAUCAGUUUAUUUACCUUGUAUUAUUUCAUUUCUUGAUUCUUAAUUCAGAUAAUAAAAGGUGUCUAAUUACAUUAA